AUGGUGAAAACAGAAGUAAAGGGGUUUCAAAUACUACCUGUAAAUAUACCAGGAACAAAGUCCACGCAUUACAUAUACUUCAAAAAGCAUGAUUCUAAAAGUAAUCCAGAGAGUGUCAGCAACACAUCCAUCUUUAUUUGCAAUCUACCAAUACUAAGUGACUUGCAAACAAUCAAAAAGUAUUUCCAAACGGUUGCUCUAGGAGCAACUAUCGAAAGCUACACCCAAUCGUAUUUAACAGAUAGCACGGAGGAUCUAUGGCUAGAUUUAACCAAAUUAACAUCAGAUUUACCCAUAAGCAACACCGAUGAGACUGCUAGUAAAUUACCCAAAAAUUGUGCAAUAAUAACAUUUAUUGACAAAGGCUCAUUUCUGUUGGCAUUUAACGCGUUGAAGAAACUAUCCUCCGGUGCUUCUGUGUCCACUUGGCCAAUGAAGGAGAUUACAACCUCAUACUUUCUCAACAAGUAUAAGCAGGAAAUAUUGGACAAAGAAAAGCUAUCGGAAGAAGUGGCACAAGCUUUGAAAGAUUUUGAUACUGCUGAACAAGAAAGCAUUGAAAAUUUGCAAAACCAAGCAAACUUGGUAGAUGAAGAUGGGUUCCAAUUGGUUGUGGGAUCUCAUAGGAAAACAAAGGCAGGUAUACUAGGUAAGCAAAACGUAGCAUCUACCAUUGAGAGUGAUAAAGCAAAGAAUAAGAUGAAAAAGAAGGAGAAACAAGAUUUCUAUAGAUUCCAAUUGAGACAGCGCAAGAAAGAAGAAAUGAAUGAACUUUUAAGCAAGUUCAAAGCUGACCAGGAGAAGGUCAGGUUAAUGAAGGAAAAGAAGCGUUUCAGGCCGUACUAG